AGCUUACACGUCAUUAUCCUCCUCUCCGCGCGGCCCCAAGAAACGACAGGCAGGAGCAGAGCAGAGGAACCCCCGACUGCCACUCCACCCAAUCCGCUAGCCAUCGACCCUCGUUUCCCUCCUCCAUUCCUGUGGGACUCGUCGGAUUCACUCGCUCGCCGUCCAUGGUUUUCGACCCUCGCCCCCGCCCAUAAAGCCGAUGGGUUAGCACCCCACGCCGCGCCCAGGAACCCGAGGAGGAGCGGACGGACGCCGCGGCAGACGGUCGUCCCCUUCCUGGCCCCCGCCCCGGAUCGUCGAGGCUUGCGGCUCCGUUUUGUGAUUGGUGAAAAUAAUGGCUGCUGCCGAAGCGAGGGCUGCCUGGCAACGUGCUGCAAACCGUUGCCUGGUUCAGGAGGACAGAAAGAGAGCCCCAAAACUAGCCUGCUAUCCAUCGUCGGCUGAACAACAACACGGUACAAACAAUGGGAGCUGUAGACAUUCUGAAGAUCAUCCCAUCUCCAAUUUCAUGCCUUUGAGCUGGAAUCCCAUGAAUUCUAAUCUGCCACCAGAUGUUAGAUGGUGGGUUCAGUUACAGCCAAGUUUUGGGAUCCAGAAGGAUCUUGCUAGUGAGCGGCAAUGUUGUUUGAGCAGGAAAAUUGAUGAGAAGAAAGUGGAGGAUUCAGCACCAAAGCCUAAACAUGAGGAAACUUUACUUUGCGAAGCAGCUGACACUAGCACUGAGAAGAGUGGUGAUAUUUUUGAGCCUCCAUGGAUGGUUUCAUCAGCCUUCAUGAAGUAUUCUCCUGAAACAGGCUUGGAAGAACUGAAGACUGUUGGUCGCUAUUCUCAAGCGUCUAAGUGCAGCGAAACUGCCAGCAAUUGUUUGUACAAUGAUAAUGAAUUCCCUGAUUUUGAAUGUAUUGACCCAGCACCUUUGAAGAACCCAGAGAAGGCUAAUUUUGAUAUGGAUGUACCUUGGAAAGAAGGUGAAAAGACUCAACCAUGGUGGCAAAUCGCUGAUGAGAAUGAGCUCGCUUUACUGGUCGCUGAAAAAGCAAUGCAGCACAUUGAGAAUUGUGAUCUGCCAAGACCUACCCAGACAGUACCUGUUCACAGGACAGAAUCAUAUACUCGCAAAAAUAUAGGUGAUUAUGGGGGGCCAUCAUCUCCUGCAGGAAGAGUGUCACAUCCUGUUCCUGGACAAUGUGACCAUGUCAAGUGUAGCUAUAGCACAGGAAGCACAGAUGAGCUGGAUUUGUUCAAGGGUAAUGGAGUUUGGGAAGAGCACGGAAGGAAUGAUCCAUUCAGUGUGUCGCAAGAUUUUUCUAGCAGUAGCACUACCGGAUCAGAAAGCAAACAAACACUACAGAAUGUAUCGGAGCGGGAUAAGAUCUUGGAGGCACUUCGCCACUCACAAACCCGUGCUAGGGAAGCUGAGUUGGCUGCCAAGAAAGCGGACAACGAGAAAGAUGAUAUCAUCAAGCUUUUGUUCCGACAGGCCUCACAUCUCUUCGCAUGCAAUCAGUGGCUGAAGAUAAUGCAGCUGGAGAAUAUUGUCCUCCAGCUCAAGCACAAAGAGCAUUCGAUAGCAUCCAUCAUACCUGAGCUUCCAUGGAUGUCCCUGAAGGAGAAGCCUGCACAGGGUCAAGAGCAGAAAGAUUGGACUAGGAGGAAAGGUAGAAGGCAGAAGAAGGGAGGCGGCUUCUUUGACGCGAUCUUAUUUGCGGUCGGGUUAGGUCUUGCUGGCGCCGGGUUUCUUCUUGGUUGGACCCUGGGUUGGCUGUUGCCACAGUUGUAGAGUUAUUGGUUGUUCUCUUCCGAGGAUAGCUAACUAGUCGUUUUGCUGUGUAGAUCCAUAGAUGGAAGCUCCAGGUGCACCCUUCACGGGAAUGGUGCGAAAUGAUCAAUGUUUGUUAGACCCCAGGAUCGGUUGAUUUGGAAACCAUGCUGGUGCAAAGUCGUAAAUGAAUCUCCAUACUGCACAAUGCACAGAGCCUUUUUUUUUAAUUUUGUUUUGUUUGUUUUGGUGUAAAUGUGUCGAUUUAUCAUCACUGAAUAUUGUAAAUAUGGAUCAGUGUUGAAAUUGGAAGUUGGGACUUUGUUAUCUGUCGGGUUCAGCCGUA